AACCACUGAGCUAUACUAGCCUGACACAAACGGAGGUUACAAAGUGCAAUCAAAUUAGUCUGAUAUCAUCUGUAGGUUCUUAGAGACUAUAAAAGCACAGAGCCCUUGCUGCUUUAUGUGAAAGAGCACGCUGUCUAACAGAAAUGGUAGCAAAGGAAUCCUACAUACAUGUUUUCUUCCUGUCCUGAGAAACCCUGUCACCGGUGUAUUGUUUCCAUCAUGGCUCUGCACUUGACCACAGUACAUGCUGUGCUUUGGACUAUUCUGUAUUCGUUCACAGAAAAUGUCAGAGCAUCACCAUGUGCUGAGGUGAACAGUUCUUCAAUGGUGGUUCCUUUUGGCUCAGCAGUCACCGCUUCCUGUUACAUCAAAGAAGAGUGUCCACUGACAAUAAACCAGGAUUUUUUCACUAAGUGGAAGAAAAAUGGUCAUUUUAUCCCCAGUAGUAAAGGCACUCAGAAGAAUGUAUAUGAAAUCCUCAUAUACAACUUCACUGACGUGCGAGCUGUGCUGGAAUGUUUUAUCUGCUCUCAUGAUAUCUGCAACGUGGUAGGCGCCGUGGAGAUCAGAACAGUGUAUCCUCCAUCCAUCCCAAAGAACUUGACUUGCCUAUUAAAUCUAAAUGAACCCGCUACUCUGAUGUGUACAUGGGACCCUGGUAAAAAAACUUCAGACAUUCCAACAAACUACACCCUUUACACAGAAAUCAGAGAUACAAGUCCAUUACAAAAGUUUGCCUUUGUUCCAUCACCUGAGGAGAAUUUCUACAGGGUUCCACGUGUCGGCUUCGCUUUGCUUCAUGAAGUGCAAGUUUAUGUGGUAGCAAGGAAUGCCCUUGGCCAGGCCACAUCUAACCUCCUAGUGUUGGAUCCUAUGAAAACAGCUAAGCUGGAUCCUCCAGUGAUUCAAGGGGUUGGAACACAAACAUUUGGAUGCCUUGAGUACAAAUGGAGUCUCUCGCAUACUCAGAAGUGGAUAAGAAAGACCUUACCUAUAGAGAUCAAAUUUACACCUGUGAAUAACAACAUUUUCAACAAAGAGCAGUCUAUCCAACAGUUUAGUCGUAGACCUGACAACAAAGUUAAGGUGUGUGGUCUGCUUCAUGGCAUGAGCUAUGAAUCACAGAUGAGGGUGAAGUAUCAGAACAGCAGCCCAUGGAGUGAGUGGAGCAAUGCUACAGUGGCUACUACACCCAUGAAAGCUCCCACUGGCCGACUAGUCACAUGGCUGAAGCUACUUAAGCCAGAAGGCAAGAAGCAGACAGCACAGCUGUUCUGGAAGCCAUCUUUGCAGUUCCGUGCCAACAGCAUGAAUGUGUCUUACACUGUAUCCCUAAUGGGAGAACUCACAAAGAAGAAAGAAACUGUGUGUGUCACAGAUCAGCAACACUGCUCUUUCCAGAUCCAUGCAAAGGUCAGGAAGGUCUGCCUAACAGCCAUGAAUGAAGCAGGGAAAUCCAACCCUACUGAAGUGCCAGUGUACAGACAAAGAGGAAUGGAUCCUGUCCCUUUUCUGAAAAUAGUUCCACAAUCUGAAGAGUCUUUGUUGGCCAAAUGGAAAAGACCAGAUACCUCAACCAUUAGUGCGUAUGUGCUGGAGUGGAAAUCACUUUGUGGGACGAAUCCAAAUCAUGUCUCUUUCGAAAUUCUGGACAGAAAUCAGACCAGCUUUGUAGCAUCGGGUCUUGAGCCUUACAUACCGUAUGAAAUUUCAGUGUAUCCGAAGUAUGGGGGUGGUAUUGGUCGGCCCUACAGCAUUGUGGCAUACACAAAACAAAAAGCCCCAUCCAUAUCUCCAAAAUUGGAGAUUGGAAAGAUCACACCUUCUUUUGUGGAACUUUUCUGGGAUGAAAUCCCAUUGAAGCAGAGGAAUGGAAUCAUUACUGGCUAUAGGAUUUUCUACAGGGAUGAGAAAAACAAUACAGGAGUUAUAGACAUUGAGAACACAACCAGACAUGUGGUGCUUAAAGAUCUCUAUCCUUUCACCAUCUACGAACUCUUCCUCAUGACUAGCACAGAUGGUGGCAGUGUGACCGGGUCCAGUGUCACAGUGAAAACUGCAUCUAUUGAUGCCUUUGAGAUAGUUUUGAUUGUCAUUCCAGCAUGUGUUGGAUUGACACUUCUUUUCUUUGGUGUGUUUACCUGUUUUAUCAAGCAAAAGUGGAUGAAGAAGUAUGUGUGGCCAGUGAUUCCAGACCCUGCCAACAGCAAUAUUAAAAAGUGGACAACGGCUGAUUCUCUGGAAUGCAUGCCACCCUUUAAAGAGGUCAAGGACCCUGUGCUGGUGUAUCUCUCCCACCUUAGUCUUCUGAGUCUGCCUGAGAAAGAGUUGUCGAAAGGAGACGAGAACAUCAAGAAUGGAAAUUGGCCAUAUAAGGGCAAAAGUGUUGAUACAGGCCACGAUGAUUCAUCCCAUGAUUCCGAAACCUUUGACUCAGAGCAGCAGAGUGAGUCUGUGCCUUAUGCUACAGUUGUCUUUGCUGGGCCAUAUCGACGCCAGCCUGUCCCUCCACCAGUCUACCUCCGCUCAGAGUCUACACAACCCCUACUGGGGGAAGAGGAACCUUCUAGUCCUCGUCCUUAUGAGAAAAUGACCAACCAGGACAAUCUUUCUGAUGUAGACCACUUUUCAACAUUUCACAAGAAUUUAAGUGCUGGGAAAGAAAAAACUUCACUUUGGGUGGAUUUCCCUAUGCUCAGGUCCUUAGAAAUUAACAGUAAGUCUUAAAUUCAAUGUGUGCAUUCAUACACAGAUAUAAAAUGGUGCAGUUAUGAAACAGUGAUUACAUUUUCCUCAGUUUGGAGCCACGGUGGAAUAUAAAGCCUUUAUUUUGUAAUCUUUUUUGUAAUAGAGACAUACAGAGUCAUAUAUUGCAGCAGUCUGUGACCUUAUGGCCCUACACCUUAGCAACUAAUAAUAUGAGGCAACCAGUAGGGCAUAAAAGGAAAACUAUUAACAUGGACCACCAUAUUAUUCACAUGGUAAUAUCUGUUAGAAAUAUGUACAUGAGUAAAGUGAUAAGUAAGAUUUGGUUAGGAAGCCAAAUCUUGGCAAAAGACUAUCUCUGUCACUGUUAGAGCAUUGUCACUUUUGUACAUGAUGCAUGUGAUUGGUCAAUCAUUCAAUCUGUCCAGGCACUGACCUAUUAAAUCUAAUGAUUUAAUAAACCAAAUUAAUUUUGAGUGAAGCAUAAAUUAGUCUGCCCACUGUGACAUGCUGUGAAAUGGAAGCAUAAUUUAAACCAGGCAUUUCAUGAUUUAGAGGUUAUACUUGAUUGGGUUCGUGUUUCCAUCUUCUUUUGCAGCAAUGUUUUGUCACACUUUAUAUUCUAAAUCUCCACUGAAAUAUCCAAUUCAGUGCCAAAUGGAUAGUGAAGUAGUAUGGUAACAUGUGCAGGAGACAAUGUGAUAGGAUAUAAAAUAGUACAUUUUUAUUAAUAUUAUUAAUACUUGACAUUGAAAAAUCAUAAUUUGACAAAGAAAUAACGACUCACAGAAUGCAUUAUAGGGGCUGAUAAAUGUGAUCUUAUCUGUUCUAACAAAACGUACUAUAAGUAACAGCAAUAUUUUCAGUUGCUACAGCUGUGAAGUAGUUAAUGGCUCUGAAAAUAUUUAUCUGCUUGUCCUUCUAGGCUUAAGUGUUUGACUCAGUACAUUUACUUUUAUUCCUUUGGUUGAUGAUCUUUCUCCAAAGCAAAAUACACUUGAGACAGGAUACAAAUUGAGCAGUUAGGGGUUAAGGGCCUUGCUGAAGGACCCAGUAGUGGCAGUUUGGAGGAACCAGGAUUUGAACUCAUAACUCAAACAGUAUCCUAAAGUCUUAACGACUGAGCCACCUCUGCCAAACAACAGCAGACCAUAAUGUCAUGUUACAUAGGUUUGAAAAUGUAGUCUAUCUGACUGAUUGUUAUCAGUAUCUUAGUGUAAAUAAUAUUUUUUCUGAAUGUACGAACUAACAUUUGGUGCUCAUCAAGGCUCUGUACUAGGGCCUCUUCUGAUUUCAGUCUACAUUUGGGAGAUAGCAUCUGCAAUUAUGGAAUAAAUAUCCAUUGUUAUGCUAAUGAUAUACAAUUACUGUAUGUUUUUUUCUGUUAAGCCAGAUGAAUGUGUAAAAGAUACUGGAAUAAUUGUUUUUUUUUUUUAUUCAUGAUAUUCAUUUUCUUAUAAUUAAUGCUAAGAAGACUAAAACUUCCAGUUAACAUACAUGGUUUACCACCCUAAGUGUGACAUAAUUCUUCUUGUUUAUUAAAUUCUCAGGAUGCAAAUCUGUUUUUUGACAGAUAGAGUAAAAAUGGUGCAGAAAAAAAAUCAGUAUUUGAGAUUCAGAUACUGUAAGUCAGGGGAUGUCCAAAGUCCAAAUGGGGCCUACAGACAGAUGUUAACUCGUCCGCGGCUUCUCUAUUAGAAUGUAUGAUAGGUGCAAGGCAUUUUUCCUUUCAAGUGAUGGUGGCAGCAGACUGUGUUAACACACCUCAUAUUCAUUAUGUAAUUUCAACUCCAAUAUACUAUGGUAUGUAUACAUACUAUUUUUUUGUCUUACUGAUUCAUAUUAUGUAAAACUACUUUGUGAAACUUAUAUACAGGGUAUCUGCAGGUAUCAGCACUUCCAAUUUAAUACUUUUUAAUACCUUUUUCAAGACUCUUUUUUUUUUUUUUUUUUUGUAAGACCUGUGCAUUUGUAUGUCGACAUCUAUAGUAGUUAAUAAAGUUUAUAAAUUUUG